AUGGAACCGGGUCCUGGAAGCAGUUCCGCCGUCCCGAACGCUGGUGGCGGUGGCGCAGGAGGAGGAGGAGGAGGAGGUGGCCCUAGUGGGCCAGUGGGUGGUGGUGUGGUAACGCGACCCCCCAUUACGGCGUUGUUUCGCGAAAUCCACAAAAACAGCUGGUUGCGCAGGCUGAACAACGACAGCAGGCGACCGUCCGUACUGACCAAGAAACCGGAUCGGUACUGGGUCGUGUUUUGCGUGCACGACGAUUGCGAGGCGUUCCUGGAGGGUUACAGCGACCCACGCCAAGCGCCGUCCCAUGCCCCAGAAUGGGCCCUUGCCCUGCAAACGGUCCAACACGUCUCGCACGCCCUCGUCUCCGUGGAGCAGGAGUUCGAAUUUGUGAUAACACUCGACAGCGAAGUGGCCCGUUUCAACGCGCACACCUGGGAAUGCAUGCAGGAAUGGGUGGACUGUUUGCGGUCGAAGCUGCGCGAGAUGAAGCUGCUUUCGCCGAAGGAAAACCUCUACUCGCGGUUGCCUGAGGUUCGACCACCGUUGGCACCAACGCGUGAUCCUACGUCCCCGCUUCCGGCCACUCCACCUGUCCCGGCGGCUCUCGUACCGGGUAUCGAGCGAGUACAGCCACCAUCUUUGUUGCUGCAACAGCAGCAUCACAAUCAUCACCAUCAUCACCACCUUGGUCAUCAUUCGGGCCCGAGUGGGUCGGGUAUGUCCUCUAGCCCGGCAAAUGGAACUGCGGCCUUUCAGACGAUGGUCUCACACACCGGAACGACCAGCUCCACGUCAUCGUCGGCGUCAUCUUCAUCAUCGUCCUCGUCCUCGUCUGCGAGCAGCUACUCAUCCACGCUAACGUCCAUAUCGAACUGCCCCAACGGUGAUUCCCGGGGGACACCCGCAGUACCAGCCGCUCCACCGGCCAUGUCCAACACAUCCACGCAGAAUCUCAUGAACCUGCUGUCGAACCCGCUGCAAGCAGUCAGCAGUAUUAACUCACAAACCAUCGCUUCCUGCGAGAGCUCAUCGAUCGCUGGAUCGUCCAGCUCGUCGAUCACCGACGAGGACACACCGGAAGAGCUGCCCAAGCGUACCGCACCCACAUCACCACCAACGGGAGUACCGGCUCGUGAUGGCACACCCUCAAGUUUACCGAAACCACAGAAAAUAGUCACCCGGGAGUUGUCGGCCACCGGUUCAACGGUUUCGGCCACGAUCACGCCCUCACUUGCGACCACUUUCGUGAACAAUGUGCUAGCGGAUCCCUCCGGGACGGCCGGUGGACCAUCAUUGAAGCGUACCGUCAUCGAUAAGCUACUGUUGGAUGUCCGGCCAGCACCGGAACGAUCGGUGGAGAACGUCGACACCACCAUCGUUGAAGCUGAUCAUACGCCUGAUGCGCUCACCACCAGACACGACGGAGGUACGACCGGUGGCAACGAGUCGCGGCCACGACAGCCACAUUUCCAGCAACAGCACGCGACCGAAGUCUCCUGCCAGAAUGGCACCAUCAGCAAUGGUACUGCAACGUCGUCCACCAGCAAUGGCACACCAACAGCAGCUCCAGCGGCAUCGUACACACCCAUGGUGUUGAAAUCCGGCGGCGCCAUCUGCAUCGAACCACCAGCGUCCGGCGGGACAAGAGUGGAACCAAAACGAACACGCCGAAAAAUAUCUCCCUUAGCCAAGGCAUCGUUCUCUCCCACAAGUUCGUCCGAGGAACCGACGGCCAACAUCACAAUCAUCCAGGUGUCGAACAGCAGCAUUGCUGGUACUCCAUCACCCACGAUCACAACCGCAUCCUCCCCGAAACCAGCAUCACGGUUUAACUUCCCGAAAGCAACACCGUCGAUCACUAUCCCAUCCGCCGGAACGACAGCCGUCGCUACGAUCGUAACGGAUGACGAUCCGUUCGAUGGUAGCGGACGUUGGAAUGGCGACCACAGCUACAAGAGCAACGUGCAGAUUAUUCCGUCCAACGUUGAAUAUUCCGCGAAUGAGGACCACCUAAUGCAACCGUCCAUCAUCGCGUCGAUAAACGAGCAGCAGAUAACGACGGUAACCGUACCUAACGUUCAUUCGGUUCCGGUCACCAAGCCGGUAAUAGCAGCGCCACGGUUGCAACCGACAGCAGCGGCCACCGUGCAAGUAGCGGUGGCCACCUCGUCAACACCCAUCAAGGGUCCGGAAACUAAUUUCGGCACGGUGACGCAAAUUGCCGUAAACUCGUCCGUCCCGGCUGCCGUCAUUUCGGAUGGCAAACCCACGCAAUCCGUACCGCAGCAGUACUAUGAGCAGGUUUUCCUGUCCAGCUCGGUGCAGGUGACACCGGGCAAUGAGAGAUCGGAGUCAGAUCGGAGUUUCACCGAACAGGCACCGGUCGCAGUUGCUCCGAUAGUCUCGAAAGCGACCGGAAACAAGAGCAGCAAAGUGCUGCUACUCAGCAGGCAGUCUCGAUCGUCUAGUCAUUCUGAUAUUCCUCUACCCGGGCGUACCGCAGCCAAGGGAAACCGUGCCACCGAGGGUGGAAGUAGCAGUGAUAAGGAAAACCGCGUCCAGCCCGAUGCCAUCCACGCGGGUGAUGGAGCAACCGAUGGAACGGCGUCGACUUCGAAGCAGGUAGCACCCGCCGCACCGAUGCAUUUGACCGGUGGGAGUCCCUCGAAGCGGCCAGCUGUCGAUAAGAACAUUUACACGCCACAUCCGCAACGAACCGGUCCGCAGUUACAACGUGGUCUUACCGAACUCGUCUUGAGUACACGGCCAGCCGUUGCAUCCAGCACCGGGAGUGCCUUGGAACAUCCUACGGCAAGCGGGCGCGGUCGAAGACCACCGGUGGAAAACAAGAUCCGGAACGAUCAGCUUCCGGCGGAACAGCGGCGACGUAGCUCCUCGACCUCUGAAACGCGGCAGGAACGUUCGUCGCGAAUGAACGCACCCUCGGCAGGGAACGGAACAUCCGGCAAUAACGGUGGCCGGUUGCAGUCUCCACCACAGCCGUUCCGUCCUCAUCACGCUCUGAUAAAUGUGUCUGAGGGUGGAGGCCAGCUGAAUGGACCUGGAAUCCAACCCGGUGGCGCAGGUGGUAACCGUAAGCUAACCUUAAGGGAGCAGCAAGUGUUUCAGUUGCGCCGUGAAAUGAUGCACCCGGGUGGUGUUCGGUUGCAGUUGCGCCGGAAGGACUGCAUCAACUCGAUCGGGCUGGUUGACGCGUUUGGAGCCGUGUGGGUUGCCGGCUGGAAACAGAAGGAACAUCCUGUGCUGUAUAAUGCGCUGCACAUCGGUGAUCAGAUGAUUAGUGUGGCUGGUGUCGCGAUCACGUCUGCUGCCGAUGCCCACAAGGCUAUCCGUGCUGCUCCGGGACUGUUUGUGGAGCUUAUCAUCCGCAGGGUUCCGUUCGGGCGUGUGUACGCCAUUCGACGGGAAAUAGACGGACAGUGCUUGGGGUUGAUCCGUGAUGGCAAUACAGCGACGAUAGUUGACGUGGUGCCGAACAGCUUGGCCGCACGACAUGGAUUGCCACCGAAGGCAAAAUCAUGCGACGGACUAUCGCUGACGUUUUGGGUGUUGACGGAAAUCAACGGUCGGCCGCUGAAUUUGUUCUUUAAAGAAAACGAAAUUCGUGACCGUUUGAAUGCGGUUGGGCGAGAUAUAUCUAUACUGGUACAACCGGCGGAUUUGGUGACGAAAUUGAAAAAGCAGCUGAAAUCUCUACGUGGCCACAAGGAUUUUAUUGUGCAAUAGGCGAAUAGCGAAUAGUAGUACC